AUGGCCAACAGCAGCUCCUUCCAUGAGUUCCUCCUCCUGGCAUUCGCAGAUACACGGGAGCUGCAGCUCUUGCACUUCUCCCUCUUCCUGGCCAUCUACCUGGCUGCCCUCCUGGCCAACGGCCUCAUCAUCACGGCCAUAGCCUGCGACCACCGCCUCCACACCCCCAUGUACUUCUUCCUCCUCAACCUUUCCUUCCUUGACCUCACUUUCAUCUCCACCACUGUGCCCAAAUCCAUGGCCAAUUUUCUCUCGGACAACAGGGCUAUUUCCUACUCAGGAUGUGUUGCACAGGUCUUAAGUUUUACAAGUUGCAUUUCAGCUGAGUACUGUAUUCUCACAGUCAUGGCCUAUGACCGCUACGUUGCCAUCUGCAGACCCCUGCACUAUGGGACCCUCAUGAGCAGCAGAGCUUGUGUGAGAAUGGCAGCAGCUGCCUGGGCCACUGGGUUUCUCAAUGCUCUCCUACACACUGCAACCACUUUUUCCAUACCAUUCUGCCAAGGCAAUGAGGUGGAGCAGUUCUUCUGUGAGAUUCCCAAGAUUCAUAAGCUGUCCUGCUCAGAGUCCUACCUCAGGGAAUUUGGGCUUCUUGUGGUUAGUGCCUCUUUAGUCUUUGGGUGUUUCAUUUUCAUUGUGCUGUCCUACGUGCAGAUCUUCAGAGCUGUGUUGAGGAUCCCAUCUGAGCAGAGCCGCCACAAAGCCUUUUCCAUGUGCCUCCCGCACCUGGUUGUGGUCUCCCUGUUUGUUUUCACUUCAUUUUUUGCUUAUCUGAAGCCUCCCUCCAUCUCCUCCCCAGUUCUAGAUUUAGUGUUGGCUGCUCUGUACGCAGUGUUGCCUCCAGCAGUGAAUCCUCUCAUCUACAGCGUGAGGAAUAAGGAGCUCCAAGAUGCCCUGAAGAAAGUGAUUUCACGGACAUUUUUCAUCCAUGGUAAAAUUGCCUUUUCUCUCUGCAAUUUGUCUUUCUGUGUCCUAACUGGAUUGAACACUGUUUCUUCCUGGUACGUUUAUUGUGCCUUUUAUUAGUA